AGAAAUAUGAAGCGCAAUGGGAGCAGAAAUUGUUUGAAUAGGAGAAGUAGGUUUGGUUCUCGAGAAAGAGACUGGCUGAGAGAAGAUGUGAAGAGAGGCUGUGUUUACCUUUAUGGAGCUGACACAACCACUGCCACUGCAAGCACCGCCUCCACCUCUUCCUCCUCUGCCGCCUCUGACUUACAUCUCGUCCUUUGCACAGUAGAGACACCAGUGUCAGAAAUAUGUGCUGGAGAGGGGAGAGAAAGUCUUUAUUUGCAGCUUCAUGGGGACCUGGUCAGGAGACUGGAACCUACUGAACGACCUCUUCAGAUUGUUUAUGAUUACUUAUCCAGGCUGGGAUUUGAUGAUCCUGUGCGCAUACAGGAGGAGGCUACAAAUCCUGACCUUGGCUGUAUGAUUCGAUUUUAUGGUGAGAAACCAUGCCAGAUGGAUCAUCUGGAUCGAAUCCUACUGUCUGGUGUCUAUAAUGUACGUAAGGGAAAGACCCAGCUGCAUAAGUGGGCUGAGCGCCUGGUUGUUCUCUGUGGUACCUGCCUUAUCGUUUCCUCAGUGAAGGAUUGUCAAACUGGAAAGAUGCACAUUUUGCCUCUCGUUGGGGGAAAGAUAGAAGAAGUGAAGCGACGGCAGCACUCCCUUGCAUUCAGCUCAGCUGGAGCCCAAGCUCAGACCUAUCAUGUCAGCUUUGAGACUUUGGCGGAGUACCAAAGAUGGCAACGGCAAGCAUCUAAGGUGGUAUCCCAGCGAAUCAGUACUGUGGAUCUCUCAUGUUACAGCCUUGAGGAGGUUCCUGAACAUCUCUUCUACAGUCAAGAUAUCACCUACCUCAAUCUGCGACACAACUUCAUGCAAUUAGAAAGACCAGGGGGCCUCGACACACUCUACAAAUUUUCUCAACUGAAAGGCCUGAACUUGUCCCACAAUAAACUUGGGUUGUUUCCAGUAUUGCUAUGUGAAAUUUCUACCCUGACUGAGCUCAACCUUUCCUGUAAUGGAUUUCAUGACCUGCCAAGUCAGAUUGGCAACCUGCUAAACCUUCAAACACUCUGUCUUGAUGGCAACUUUCUGAAUACUUUACCUGAAGAAUUGGGAAAUCUGCAACAGCUUUCUUCUUUGGGAAUUUCCUUCAACAACUUUAGUUACAUCCCUGGUGUUUAUGAGAAACUCACAAUGUUAGAUAAAGUGGUUAUGGCAGGAAAUUGUCUGGAAGUCUUGGACCUAGGGGUGCUGAGCCGGAUGAGCCAUAUCAAGCAUGUGGAUUUAAGGAUGAAUCACUUGAAAACCUUGGUUUUUGAAAAUCUGGAAGGAAAUAAAUAUGUCACACACAUGGAUCUGAGGGACAAUCAGCUGACUGACUUGGAUCUUAGCUCCUUAUGUAGCUUGGAGCAGCUGCAUUGUGAGCGGAACCAGCUGAGGGAGCUGACACUCAGUGGCUUCUCCCUGCGAACUCUCUACGCCAGUUCAAACAGGCUAACAGCAGUGAAUGUCUACCCUGUUCCCAAUUUACUCACUUCCCUGGAACUCUCCCGAAACCUGCUGGAAUGUGUCCCUGAUUGGGCCUGUGAAGCAAAGAAACUAGAAAUAUUAGAUAUGAGCUAUAAUCUUCUCACAGAGGUUCCUAUAAGAAUUCUGAGUAGCUUGAGUCUUAGGAAACUGAUGGUGGGACACAAUCAUGUCCACAGUCUUCCAGCUCUGGUGGAGCACAUCCCGCUGGAGGUGCUGGAUCUCCAGCACAACGUCCUCACCAGGCUGCCAGAUACCCUCUUCUCCAAGGCCUUAAAUCUCAGGUACUUGAACGCAUCUGCAAAUAGUCUGGAGUUCUUGCCUUCUGCCUGCACUGGGGAAGAGAGCCUGAGUAUGCUGCAGCUGCUUUACCUGACCAACAACCUCCUGACAGAUCAGUGCAUCCCUGUCCUGGUCGGGCAUCCACACCUGCGGAUCUUGCACCUCGCAAACAACCAGCUGCAGACCUUUCCUGCCAGCAAACUAAACAAAUUGGAGCAACUGGAAGAACUGAACCUAAGUGGCAACAAGCUUAAAACCAUUCCCACAACCAUAGCAAACUGCAAAAGGCUGCACACCCUUGUUGCACACUCCAACAACAUCAGCAUUUUCCCAGAAAUACUGCAGUUGCCUCAGAUUCAGUUUGUAGACCUAAGUUGCAAUGAUUUGACAGAAAUCCUAAUUCCGGAGGCUCUGCCUGCUACAUUACAAGACCUUGACCUGACUGGAAAUACAAAUCUGGUUCUGGAACACAAGACUCUGGACAUGUUUAGCCAUAUCACAACCCUGAAAAUUGAUCAGAAACCUUUGCCGACCACAGAUUCCACAGUUACAUCAACUUUCUGGAGCCAUGGACUGGCUGAAAUGGCAGGACAGAGAAAUAAGCUGUGUGUGUCUGCCUUAGCUAUGGAUAACUUUGCAGAGGGGGUAGGAGCUGUGUAUGGCAUGUUUGAUGGGGACCGAAAUGAGGAGCUUCCUCGCCUGCUGCAGUGCACAAUGGCAGAUGUGCUUUUGGAAGAAAUACAGCAGUCAACAAAUGACACAGUUUUCAUGGCCAGCACCUUCUUGGUAUCUCACAGGAAGUUAGGAAUGGCUGGCCAGAAGCUGGGGUCCUCUGCUCUCCUGUGCUACAUCCGCCCUGACACUGCCGAUCCAACAAGUAGUUUCAGCUUGACUGUGGCUAAUGUUGGCACAUGCCAAGCAGUCCUGUGUCGAGGUGGAAAGCCAGUACCUCUCUCUAAGAUCUUCAGCCUCGGACAGGACCCAGAAGAGGCACAAAGAGUGAAGGACCAAAAAGCCAUCAUAACAGAGGACAAUAAAGUGAAUGGGGUAACUUGCUGUACUCGGAUGCUGGGUUGUACCUACCUGUACCCUUGGAUCCUCCCCAAGCCCCACAUAUCUUCCACUUCACUUACCAUUCAAGAUGAGCUGCUGAUUCUGGGAAACAAAGCAUUGUGGGAACACUUGUCAUACACGGAAGCUAUCAAUGCAGUACGUCAUGUGCAAGACCCGUUGGCAGCUGCCAAGAAGCUGUGCACGUUAGCGCAGAGCUAUGGUUGUCAGGACAAUGUGGGGGCAAUGGUGGUGUAUUUGAACAUUGGUGAGGAAGGCUGCACUUGUGAAAUGAAUGGACUCACCCUCCCAGGUCCUGUGGGAUUUCCUUCAACCACCGCCAUCAAGGAUGCCCCCAAGCCAACCACUCCUUCCUCUAGUAGUGGGAUUGCCUCAGAGUUUAGCAGUGAGAUGUCCACCUCUGAGGUGAGCAGUGAGGUGGGCUCCACCGCUUCUGAUGAACACAACACUGGAGGCCUGGAGGCUGGCUUGGUCCCAAGGCCAGAAAGGCGCUGCAGCCUCCACCCAACACCCGCCUCUGGGGUUUUUCAGCGCCAGCCUUCUUGUGCAACCUUCUCCAGUAAUCAGUCUGACAAUGGCCUGGACAGUGACGAUGACCAGCCUGUGGAAGGGGUCAUCACCAAUGGCAGCAAGGUGGAAGUGGAAGUAGACAUCCACUGCUGCCGAGGAAGAGAUCUUGAGAACUCUCCUACGCGAAAAGAGAAUUCUUCCACUUCGUGUCCUGAGGAACACCCUAGAGGGCUGUGCUUUGGGAUCCGAAGACAGAACAGUGUGAAUAGCGGCAUACUUAUGCCACUGAACAAGGACAAGAUGGAGUUACAGAAGUCUCCUUCCACUUCCUGUCUGUAUGGAAAGAAACUCUCUAAUGGCUCUAUCGUGCCCCUAGAAGACAGUCUGAACCUCAUAGAAGUGGCCACAGAGGCACCCAAGAGGAAAACUGGCUACUUUGCUGCCCCCACUCAGCUGGAACCAGAGGAUCAGUUUGUUGUACCUCGUGACCUGGAGGAAGAAGUGAAGGAGCAAAUGAAGCAGCACCAGGAAGGCAGGCCCCAGCCCGAACCCCAUGAAGAGGAUCGGACCGAGCCCCCAGAGGAGUUUGACACAGCGCUGUGAUUCUGCCCCUGCAGGGGGCACAGUGUGAGGGAGGGUGUGUGCGGUUGGGGAGUGGACCGUGCAGAGGCCCUUUGCCUCUGUGUUUCUAACCAUAGAUACAUGGAGUAGAACUUGGAGCCAAAAAACAUGACAGCUAUUAGGGCCUGGCUCUCGAUGGGCCAGUACCACGUCAGUGUUAAGUUUCACAUUUAACCUGCAUUGGAAUUCCCAGAGUUACUGGGAAGAAAGCAGAUGUUGUUCUGUAUCAGUCCUACCACCUGCCAUUAACCCUUUCUCUCCUAGGAUCAUUUUGAGAAUUUGCCUGCCUGGGCAGGAAAGGGACUUUUUCUGUGGAGGAAGUAACUGAAGGUUUAUUUCUUUUACUAAUUGCUGCUGAUGGAUCUCUGUGACAGAGAAGUCACCUUAUCUCUUAGACUAACUAAUGGGGGGGUGAUGUGACUAGUCACAUGGCUUUUCGUUCUUCUCUACGAGAAUACAGCCUAUCAAAAUGAUGUUUAUUGGAGAUGUAGAACCAAACAGAUAAUUUAUGUAUGUAAUGUAAUGAGAGCACUUUUCAUUGACUGUGAACUUUUUAUUUUUGAAUCUGCACUCGAGCCAAUCUUCUUAGAGGCAGCCUGGCACCUCUUUUCAUAAGCAGAAAGACGACUGGGUGUUGGAGUCUUCUCUGAGGGUACUUAGAAGGGUCCUGGAAAUUGUUUGAACUAUUGUUUGAUAUCAGACUGUGAAAGCUCCUGGGAAUCUUAGGGUAGUAGGAUCGUCUUUGGGGGAUGAAGGUGGGGAAGAAGUGAUAACUGAGACUGCUUCCCCCGUGUCCGAUAAAGAGGGUCACUCUUUGACAGAUGUGACAUCUGCUAGGACUUGUGGUUCCAGCAGAUCACAGAGUGGGUACUUGGAUUGACCUGUUUCUCUAAUAUGUGGUAACGUUGGCCAUCAGCCACCCGGUGGGCCACACCGACACCGCUGGUACCCAAGUAACUGAGUUACAGAGAUGACCCUGAACCAGAAGCUGAAUGAGAACAGGUGGGUGGAGCUCACAGGUUAAAUUUGUUCCUUCUUUAGAACAGAGAGAUGGUUCACUGGGAGCUCACUCUUUCAUGUUUGACAGUUCACCCUUCUGAACUUAACUUCCCACCAUAUGUGGUUUCAGAGUAUGGGCUCAAUACCAAUAUAAGAAAGACUCUUAAUUGAAAAAUUUCUAAGCUUACAAAAAACUUGUAUUUUUCACAUUCCAUAUAAUCCUAGCAAGAUGCAGUUUCUUCCAUAUUUCUGUCACUUGUUUCAUUAAAAGAUUUACUUAGAAAAAUGAAUUCCUACCUUAUUUUACCAUUGCUUGGUUUUACCCAAUGGGAAAUGUGCUUUGAAAGUUUAGAAUAUUUCAUAAUUAAAAGGAAAAUAGAGUGGAACUCACUUUGUUUCAUCAGAAACAAAACAUUAAAUAUUCUGUUGAAAGUAUAUAUUUAUUCAUUUGUAUUUUGGGAGAAGUUUUUGUUCGAAGUCAAAAUCAGAUGACCUGUCCACAAAUAGUUAUGUCUCCCCAUUUUCUCAGAGGUCCCAUACCCCUGUGCAUGUGUCAGUGAGGUACUCUCUUGAAGAAUUUUGUGCCACUGUAGUAGCUGCCUACUAGUCGACCCCUCUAGAAUCUGAACUUGAACCCUAAUCAUCAGGAACACUUGACUUCUCCCUGUCAAACUACUGGCCAGCUACUGAAAAACUUUAGAACUCAGGUUUUUGAUUUGAAGUGGGGAACACGGUGGCUCAUAUGAAGUUUAGGUGCUGUUAAAAGAUGGGAACAAUAGUGUGUUGCCACCUUAUUUUUAUACGGGAAAAUGAAAAAGGAAAAAAAAAUGGAGGGAAAACCCAAGAUUGUAGGUAAUGGGUGAUGUAAAACAUCUUCCUACUCAAGACAGCCAAACCUUCGGGUUAUAGAAUCGUGAUGUUGUCUAAAAAUCAGUUAUUUUGGAAGAAUACCACUUUAGUAGCAUAUCAUAAAAAAGUACUUUAUCUGUGAACCCUUUUCAUGUCGUCUGUGUGUCUACCGCCCCGCUAACUGGAAUCACCUCAAAACCCAGUUCUGCAGUGACCUUAGCAAAAGUAAGUGUAGCAGCUGGGCAUGGUGGCACACACAGAUAAGCUCGGCUUCAUCGGAGGCUGAGGCUGCAGAUUAAAAGUCUAAGCCCCACCUGGGCAGCUUGUCUCCAGAAGUGAAAGGACUGUAGAUGUAGCUCAGUAUGAAGGCCCUGGGUUCAAUCCCCAAGUACCACCCCCAAAAAAGUGUGCUUACUUUUGGUCAGCAGAACUCUGAAAUUCCAAAUGUAUUUUUAUGUGGUAGUGUUAUUUUUAGGACCUGUUCAGUUAUACUGAAAACCUUUAACGUAGGCUAUACCAAAACUUACAUUUUGCAAUUUCCUUUCAUUCAUGUCUUUCUACAGUUGCUCUGUAUUAAAGCAGGGUGAAAAGGCCAUAGCCCAUUACCAAAAAUGUACCACAUACCUAUUUUGACCGGCAAGGUAAUUUACAGAUUUAUUAUCUGGGCAGGCUGCCAGUGAGAGCAGUAAUGUUUCUCCAGGGGAGUGUGAUCUUGCCAGGACUUUACCCAGAGGGUGUGUUCCCCCAGUGGGCGGAGUAAAGGUGAUCUGUAGCACGGAAACCCAUGUACCUCUGAAGGAACACUUCUCGUUACGGCUGCAGUUGAGGAGUUCCGCAGGGAAAGGAAAAUGCGGCUGUAUACCUGAAAAUUUGAAUGGUAGUAUAGGACAGAAAGCAGCAGUGCUGCUGUGGUGAAGUCAUGGAAUGACACUCCUGACACAGCGAGGGCUUCAUUAUACUACUGUAGAUUGUACUUGUGCAAUAAGUCGGUGAACUCAUUUUCUUGGCAUACAGAAGAGCAGCUUGGUAAUCACUGGGUGCUAUUACAAUUGCUUGUAUUGAGUGCUGUUUUCCAGGAGAUGGAGCCAGUUAGGUUUGGCUGAUCUACUGACUAUCAGAUGAUGCUCUUUCUAUGUAGACCUUCAGUAAAAGCAGGUACUUGGAAGCCACAGGCUCACCUUCUCUAUUUAUUCAAUAAUUAUUAAUGAAGAGACCUCCAUAAGGGAGCACUUGGCUGUUAUCAAUAAAUGUAUCAGUUACUAAAGAAUUAGUCUCCAAGCCAUUCGGUGAUGUCCGCAGCAUCACCGUAGAACUGUCUUGUGUCACUUUUUACUUCCCUCUGGGUGGAGCCUUCCAGGCUCCCCAAUCAUGGAGGCAAGUUAAUCUUUCUCUCCAGUUAGUGACUUUCCCCAGGGGCUGGGUAAGCACUUCCUAGAUUGAGAAAUGCAGCUACAGUCAGACCUGCUCUGUUCCCUCAUUUGGUGAUCAAUCAGCAUAAACUCCUUGUACUCUAAAUCUCAUGCACCUCUCCCAGAUGCUAUAGGGUUUCUCUCACUGUUGCCAAUGGAUAGCAUCCAGACAGUGAGCUCAUAUCUUAUGGUUUUGUGCAAUCAUUGUUGUAUUGUAGUCCUAAGACUCAUUAUAGUGUAUUUUUGAUAUUUUUUGAAAUGUGUUAAAUUUUUUAAUUCAAUAAUAUGAGCCAGAGCAUGUUGCAGCAAAUCUAUUGUUUGUAAAAAAUAACAAUAACAAUAAUAAAUAAAAUAAAAUGGAAUAUCUUUUUCA